AUGUUUAACCAGAUCCUUACUUUAGCUUCAAUUGUAUCCACCGCUUCUGUCGUCCGUGCUGUUAUCAUCGACUCUGCUUUCCUUGAAAACGACUUCUCUAAGAUCGGUUCUCAAAAAGAUAUCUACCAAUACUUGUAUGGUAACGCUCCUCACUUCUCAUAUCCUGUCAACAACAGCAUUCCCCUAGAUAUUCCAGAAACUUGUGAGUUGGUUCAAGUCCAUUUAUAUGCUAGACAUGGUGAAAGAUAUCCAACUUCUGGUUCCACUGCUAAUGGUAUCAAUGCUAUCUGGUACAAGUUUGGUAACUACACUAGUAGUUUUAAUGGAUCCCUAGCUUUCUUGAACGAAGAAUACCAAUACCCAUUCGCAAACUCCAGUAACUAUGGUCUAUUGACAACUCCUGCUAAUGUCGCAAAUCCAUACAACCCAUUACUAGGUAGUAUCACUGGUACUACUGAAGGUCUAGAAUUCUUAGAACGUUACUCUGAAAUUCUUUACAAACAUCAAAACUUUACUGCUUGGACUUCCAACUCCCUAAGGGUUCACGAUACUGCCGAAUACUUCAUUGAAGCUCUAGGUGAUAAGUUCAAGGUUAACUUGCAAACUAUCACUGAAGAUCCAUCUCAAGGUGCAAAUACUUUGACACCAAUCAACGGUUGUCCAAACUGGAACGAAUCUGCCAGUAAGGCCAUCAUGGCCAAAUACGACCAAACUUUCCUUACUGAUAUUUCUAAGAGAUUAAACACUGAAAAUCCUGGUCUAAACCUGACAAAGACUGAUGCCCUAAACAUGUUCAACUGGUGCGGUUUUGAAAUCAAUGUCCGUGGCUACAGUGAAAUAUGUGACGUAUUUACAAUUGAUGAAUUGAUCAAGUACGGUUAUUACGGUGAUUUAUUGACUUACUACGAUGAAUUUAUUGGCAACCCAUUAGCUAAUGCUGUUGGUUCCGUUCCAGUCAACGCUACUUUAACUCUAUUAAACACUCCAGAAGACAAACUAGACCAACAAGUAUUCUUAAGUUUCACUCACGACACCAAUAUAUUAAACUAUGCUGCUGCUCUAGGUAUUUUUACUGACAGUCCUGCACUAUACCCUGAAUCCAUUGACUGGAUUACAGAUUUCCAUAGAUCUUGGAUUGUUCCACAAGGUGCUAGAAUACAAACUCAAAAAUACAACUGUAAAUCUUCCAAUGGUACUUCUUCUUCUUAUGUCAGAUUUAUCGUCAACGAUGUCGUCAAGCCAUUGACUAACUGUAGCAGUGGUCCAGGUUUCUCAUGUUCUCUACCUGAUUACAAUAAGUUUGUUGAAGACAGAUUUAAAGACGUUGAUUUCUACUCUCAAUGCGGUGUUUCUAAAGUUUCUAAUAUCACUGAGUUAUCUUUCUACUGGGAUUACAAGACUCACGACUACAACGCUCCAUGUGAAAUCUAA